AUGGGUAGUACUAGUGCUCUUAAAGUUUAUAUCAUCCUUGCAAUUGCAUACCAAAUAGGGCUUUUCUCACCUGCUCUUACAAAGUUCAACGUAGUGAUAGUAAACUAUUUGGGGGAAAAUGCAAUAUUGAAUCUUCAUUGCCAAUCCAAAGAUGAUGAUCUUGGUGCUCAUGAUCUGCCAUAUACAAACUCAUUUAAUUGGAGCUUCAAUGUGAAUAUAUGGAAGACCACCCUCUACCACUGUGAUAUGGGUUCGGGUGAUUUGAAAGGCCAUUUUGACAUAUUUGUUGCUAAAAGAGAUAUGAAUAGAUGUGGUGAUGAUAAGUGUGUUUGGCGAGUGAAUCGUGAUGUAUUGUAUCUCUACAUCAUAGAUGUUGAUGACUAUGUUUGCCAGUUUGAUUGGCCUAAGUGA